AUGGCUGAAAUACCAAACUUUUCGUUGGUUCGCGCCAGCAGCCAGCGCGAUUAUUCCGCAAUGAACCGCCAUUUCUCGGACUGGCUGCAACAAGAUGAUCCCGACAACUGGACAGUGGGCAUCCACGAUUUCCCCCUGUACAGCAUCAUCGAUCCCAACGGUCUGUUUAUGGGCGUACUAAACGGCGAAAUUGUUGUCAUCAUCUGCGCAGUGAAUUACAACAGCGACUACAGCUUCAUCGGAGCAUUCUGGGCGAAUCCGAAAUACCGCGGCAAAGGAAUGGGAACACACCUGUGGAAUGCCGGUCUGAAGCACUGCGGCUUCCGCACAAUUGGUCUGUACGCCGCUCCCGGGAUGGUGGCCCGUUACGAGCGUGAUGGAUUUCGGCAGUGCGGACAAUCGGGAUUGUGCGAAAUUCGAACUGAUAACAUCUUAGCGAACCGGCGCAGCAUCAGCGAGAAUAUCGUCGACUACAAUAAUACGGGUCAUAUUCCGUUCGAAGAUGUGGCGCAAUUCUGUCGGAAAUAUUCUCCCGCUGACCGCAGGGAUUUUCUAAAAGCCUGGAUAGCACAGGCCGGAUGCAUGACGCUGUUGUAUGUAAAGAACCAUAUAAUCAAGGGACUGGGUGUUUUGAGACGCGGUUGUGAGAGUGGUCGCUACCUUUUGGGACCGUUGUAUGCGGGCAGUAAGGACAUUGCCGUGGAAAUCAUGGCCGAUUUUGUACUGCGCAUUUCUCAUCCGUCUGUUAUAUACUUCGGAGUAUUGAAAGAUAAUCCCGAUGUGGAGCAGUUCGUUAAAGACGCUAAAGGGAGGUUUCACGAGGAGGUUGCAACAGUAAUGUACCGCGGCCAGAACAUUCCGCAUUUCGAUGUCAACGGAGUAUUUGCUGUUACUUGUGGAGACAUAGGAGGAUAACUGAAAGGCUUUUAGAUUAAUGUUUUACAUCGACACUUAAUUUACAGACACUUAAUUUGCAUCCCGGGGGUGUUGAUCUAGAACUCGUCCUGAAUAUGAGUUGUACUCUUAACUGCACGUAAAACGCUGUGAUUACCUUUUAUAUGAUGUUUUUAUAAAUUUUAAUACAACCCGUUUUGCUUGUAAUUAGUGUACUUUUUUGCUGUUUUAAUUUGGCUUGACAUCAGCGUUUGAUAGCAAGCAGCUAUCCGUGCAUAUCGGUGAGUUGCAGUUGAGUGGGUUGUCAUUCCAAUUCCCAUCAUAAAGCUCCGACAUUCCCUUGUUAAUGCCUGCAAGGCACUUGUUCCUGGAAUUUCUACUUUAUGUGGAGGGAACUGCUUGGUCCCCUCGUUUUCUGUUUUUCGUUUUUCUUUUGUAUUUUCAUUUUGUUCUACUUGCCUACAGUUUCUGCAGCAAUGGGUUUUUGAUUAUUAUACCGGUGGCAAACAACGUUUAUUGGCCCGUGAUCGUAAAUUGUUAAGCUUCCGGCAAGUAAAGUGGAGCUGGGAUUUACACAGAGAGGGGACACCGGAAAACACCGUGUAAAAAAGCACAAUUAAAGACGACCCAAUUUACGCGUACUGGCAUGCCUUUAGCUGAUGAUACGAGUUUAGCCUGGCUUUUCUAUGGUAUGACUUCAUCAAUGUGAAUUCCGCUGAAGUUUUACAAAAAUGUUGCACGGAUUAACUGUAAGUACAAGCCGUUUAGAGCUUUACAAUCGUAUUCUGCUGCACGUGUUUCCGAAGUCUUCGUAAUCCCCGAUUCCCACUUAUGAUUUACUGUCGUUUGAAGACUCUGAACUAAUUUUUGUCAGCGAAAUACUAUAUAUCGACGGGAAUCGACAAUCACUCCUCUUUAACAGAUCUAAGUGGCGUUAAGUUAAAUGGCAAACAUACCAAACUUUACCGUGGUUCGUGCGAGUAGCUUGCAGGAUUACUCCGAGAUGAACCGCUGCUUUUCGGACUGGAUACGGGAAGACGAUCCCGACUGGACAGUGGGCGUCCAGGAUUUCCCUUUGUACAGCGUCAUCGAUCCUAACGGUCUGUUUAUGGGCGUUCUAGACGGCGAAAUAGUCGUCGUUAUCUGCGCAGUGAACUACACCAGUGACUACAGUUUCAUCGGAGCAUUCUGGGCGAAUCCAAAAUACCGCGGCAAGGGGAUGGGAACACACCUGUGGAAUGCCGGCUUGAAGCACUGCGGAUUCCGCACAAUUGGUCUGUACGCCGCUCCCGGGAUGGUAGCACGCUACGAACGCGAUGGAUUUCGGCAGUGCGGGAAAGCGGGGUUCUGCGAAAUACGGACUGAUAGCAUUCCUGCUAACCGGUCUAGUAACAGCGACAAUAUUGCCAAAUAUAAUGCCGGUGGUAUUUUGCUGGAUGAUGUGGCACAUUUCUACCGGAAGUAUUUUCCCGUUGACCGGAAGGAUUUUCUCAAAGCGUGGAUUACACAGCCCGGAUGCGUGACGCUAGUAUACACGGGUGAAAAUGUGAUCAAAGGACUGGGAGUACUGCGACGCGGUUACCAGAGUGGUCACUAUCGACUGGGACCGCUGUACGCGGACAGUAAAGAAAUUGCCAUGGAAAUAAUAAACAGCUUUCUACUGCGCAUUUCCCACCCUAGCGUUAUAUACUUCGAAGUGCUAAAAGAUAAUCCCGAUAUUGAGCAGUUUGUUAAGGAUGCAAAUGGGAAAUUCCAGGAAGAAGUGGCCAUAGUGAUGUACCGGGGUCAUGUCAAUCCGCAUUUCGACAUCAAAGGAGUUUUUGCUGUCACUGCCGGAGAUAUCGGAUGAAAACAACUUUCAACUUUUGUUUGUUUGUCGGCAAAAUUCGGAGUGGUGCAUAGUUAAAUCACUUCGGACGAGCGAUAUGAACAUCGAUGCAUCUACCUGUGUAACUUGUUACACUUCGCGCGAAAGCGUUUGCGAUUUCCGUUUUACGGCACCACUUCACGUUUAUGAUAUAUUCUUGGGUGUUAUCGUGAUAGUUUAACUAACUGUUUUGUUGAUUUUAUAGGCUGCAAUUGAACUGUAUUCAUAAUAUUUCACGACUUGAAAUGCGAUUGCAGUAAUUAUUAUAAUGAUCUUUCGACUUCUUACACUUGGGCAAGCUGUGAUUACUCUGUAUUAAAGCAUGCGUUUUGUUG